UGCUCUUGCACCGAGCCUGCGAUGCUGCCGGGGCGAAAAAGAAGGCGGCGGCCUAACGCCGGUGACGAGUCCCGAGAACAGCCCGUGUUAAGUAAAUUCUUCCCGCCGGUGGCAUCUUUGCAGCGCUGCAGCUCCGCUGAGGAGGUGGAAAAGGAAAGCCCUGAGGCCGCUGCUCGGCAUACGGCUACUGAACCUGAUGGCAAAAAGAGAAAACUGAUAAAGAACAAAGAAUAUAUUGACAAGUCCUCGAAGUCUCUACAGUGUAAAAAAGAAGAAAGUAAUACCAUGGGUACACAGAACACAGGGGAAGCAAAGAAAUGCUCUGAAAUAUGCUCAGAAACCUUUGAGAAAUUGAGAGCAUUUAGCCGUUUGGAGCCUCCAAGAAAUAGAGUUCCUUCAGAAGCUUUUCAUGGAAAAGAGUUAGUAGAUCUGAAAAAAUGCCAACAUUCUGUGAUUGGAAUCAAUGAAACAAAUACUUCACAUCCCCCAGAUUUCAAUAAGGGAAGAAAUGUCUAUCAGUUUUUUACCAUGAAUACAAGAUUUGAAAACACCCCAAAUACAUCAGAUACAACUUUUAAAAAACCCACCAAAACUGUAUAUACACCUCUUGAGCUCCAGUUCCUAGAACUAAAAAAGCAGUAUAAGGAUGCUAUUCUAUGUAUUGAGUGUGGUUAUAAGUACAGAUUUUUUGGAGAUGAUGCAGAGAUUGCUGCUAAGGAGCUGAAUAUAUAUUGUCAUAAAAAUCACAACUUUAUGACUGCCAGUAUACCAACGCACAGACUGUUCGUUCAUGUUCACCGUCUUGUAGCAAAGGGAUAUAAGGUAGGAGUAGUAAAGCAAAUGGAAACUGCUGCUUUGAAGGCUGUUGGAGAGAACAAAAGCUCUCUUUUUACCCGAAAACUAACUUCACUGUAUACAAAAUCUACAUUUCUAGGAGAAGAUUUGAAUCCCCUGCUGAAAUUGGAUAAUUCAAUGGAUGCUGAGGAAAUUCCAUCUAAUGUCUGGGAUAAUUAUCUUCUCUGUAUCUCUGAAAAUAAAGAAAAUUUAAACCAAAAGAAUCACAACAUUGUUUUAGGCAUAGUGGCUGUCCAGCCUACUACAGGAGAGGUUCUCUUUGACAGUUUUCAAGAUUCUGUAGCUCGUUCAGAGUUGGAAAAUCUAAUAUUACGCCUGCAGCCAGUUGAGAUUAUUCUUCCUAGAGACGUGUCAGAUCAGACUGAGAAGCUUAUAAGUCGUAUGACUUCUGUAUGUUUACAAGAUGACAGAAUACGAAUUGAAAGAAUGGAAAAGGAACAUUUUGAGUACAGAAGUGCUUUUAAGAUGAUUACAGAUUUCUAUGGUAGUCAAAUACUUGAUGGCACAGGUUCCCAAGCAUUGUCCCAGAUUUUAAAAUUUGAUAAUCCAGUGUUGUGUUCCUUGGCUGCUGUAAUCUUGUAUCUUAAAGAAUUUAAUUUAGAGAAGAUACUUUACAACCCCAGUAAUUUUAAGAAGUUAUCAAGUGGAGAUGAAUAUAUGACACUAAAUGGAGCUACAUUAAAGAAUCUUGAAAUCUUGCGGAAUCAGACUGAUCUGAAAACAAAUGGCAGCCUGUUCUGGAUCUUGGAUCAUACAAAAACUUCAUUUGGACGACGAAAACUAAAGAAGUGGGUGACACAGCCUCUCUUGAAAUCCAGUGAAAUUAAUUCCCGACUUGAUGCAGUGUCUGAAGUUCUCUUCUCAGAAUCAAGUGUUCUUGGUCAAAUCAAGUCUCUUUUAUAUAAGGUUCCAGAUAUUGAGAGAGGAAUUUGUAGUAUUUAUCAUAAAAAGUGUUCUGUUCAAGAAUUCUAUUUGGUAGUAAGCACACUCUCUCAUUUGGAAACAGCAAUCAAAGCACUGGUUCCAGCUAUACGUGCUCAAGUGCGGGCAUCCUUGCUGCAUAAGACCCUCUUGGAAAUUCCUGAAUUGCUUAGUUCAACAAAAAGAUAUUUAAACAUGCUUAAUGAAGAAGCAGCAAAAAUGGGGGACAAAACCAAGCUAUUCAAGGAUCUUGAUGAUUUUCCUUUAAUAAGGAAGAGAAAGGAUGAGAUUCAGGCAAUACUCUGUCAAAUCCAGGAUCACAUUCAGGAUAUACGAAGAACGCUAAAUUCCUCCUCUGUGGAUUAUGUAUCAAUAUCAGGACAAGAGUUUCAGAUUGAAGUUAAAAAUUCAGUUGUAUCUUCUGUACCAUUAGAUUGGAUUAAAGUUAGCAGCACAAAACUUGUGAGCCGUUUCCACACUCCUUUUAUUGUAGAAAAUUACAGAAAGCUAAAUCAGCUACGUGAGCAGCUGGUCCUUGACUGCAAUUCUGAAUGGCUAUGUUUUUUAGAUCAUUUUAACGAGCAUUAUCAUGUACUCUCUCAAGCUGUGGGUCAUCUAGCAACUGUGGACUGUGUUUUUUCCUUGGCUGAGGUUGCCAAACAAGGAGAUUAUUGCAGACCUGUCAUAAAAGAUGAAGGAUCAGAAAUAAUGAUAAAAAAUGGGAAACAUCCCGUAAUAGAUGUGUUACUGGGAGAGCAAGAGCAAUAUGUUCCAAAUGAUACAUUCUUGUCAGAAGAUAGUCAAAGAGUAAUGAUAAUUACUGGACCUAACAUGGGUGGAAAGAGCUCUUAUAUAAAACAAGUUGCUUUGAUUACUCUCAUGGCACAGAUUGGUUCUUAUGUACCAGCUGAAGAAGUGAGAGUUGGUAUUGUGGAUGGUAUAUUCACCAGGUGA